AUGAGCGGCGGCGACGACGGGACAGACAAAAGCGCCUCGGAAUUCUCACAGCUCUCACAGCCCUCACAGGCCUCACAGCCCGCGGCUCCUCUCACUGUUGCCGAAACUGAAGCUGGCAAAAAAGAUGGCGCACGGGAUGGUGAUUUGAAAGGGAUAAUCGCCCCCAUGGACCUGACGCAUAUCGACUUGGAGCCGUUCAAGAAUUUGCGCAUCAACAUGGUUAGGGUUCCUCAGCCGGAUUGGGGCGAGGCAGGUACGUCAAGGUCUGUGGCGUCGCGAACAUCAGAUCCCCUACCCCUACCCAUGGAGGAAACUUUUGGUACCCUCGAGCGGCCGUACUCUGCGCCCACAUGUCUGCGCGUCGAUGUGCCGUAUUGUUUUCUCGACGGGGAUGAGGACCCUAUCGAAGCCAGACUGCGUCUGAAUCGAUUAUUUUUGGCACUUUUAGGCAGGGAAUUCCGCCACGAGGAGCGGGAAGCAGAUGUUGCCGAGAAGCAGAGGGAACUCUUGGAACACGGCGUCAUCUCCAGGGACUUUGCAGCGCAAGCUGCAAUGGAAGAGAAGGUCUUCGCAGGCAGCAGCAGCAGCAUCAUCAUCAUCGCCAUCAUCACCAUGUGGCCGUCGCCAACCUGCGACGGCUCCGACGACGCUUGCACCGCUCGCACCGCCCGCACCGCCCGAUCCCCCGAUCAGCUCGACUCGCAGGCCAUGAUUGCGCUGCUGCCCUUCGCGGCCGCCUUUGUCGUCGUCAACGCCGUCGUCGUGCGGCACGUGUUCCCCCGGCUCAGCCGCCGCGCCCACCGCGAGCACCGCGACGGCCAGGAUCGCCACCUCCACCACCUCCACAACCACCAUCACCACCACCACAUCCCGCGACAGGCGCGAUCCGAGCACGGCGUCGUGGGGAGCUGGAAGCGGCGCGGCGCCGCCUGGGCCUUUGGCGCCACCGUCUCGCUGGCCGUGACGCUGGGCCUGCUCAUCCUGGGCGAGAUCCUCGAGGUCGUCGACCCGGCGGCCAAGAACCUGGCGCUGCGCGUCACGGUCCCGUCGCUGCUGUUCCUCGUGGUCGGCCUGGUCCCCUGGCUGCAGUGCCGCGCCGUGCUCACCAGCGCCGGGUGGAGCUUCCACCGCACCUCCGGGGGGUCCGUCCCCAAGGCCGCCUGGUUCCUGCAGUUUGCGCUCUUUGGCGCCUGGCUCUUUGUCUUCUGGACCAUUGGCAACACCGUGCCGGGGGAGGCUGGGGGGGUGGCCGCCGCCGCCGCCGCCGCCGCCGCCGCCGACCGGGACCUGCAUGAGCGGGGGCCGACGAGCCGCCACCGCCACCGCCACCACCGUCUCGCGGAGACGCUGACGCGGGACUGCCUGGAGCGCGUGGGCGUGGUGGGCAUCUGCCUCAUGGCGCUGCUGGCCGGAUUCGCGUCCGUGUCGACGCCGUGGCAGGUCCUGGUCGAGGGCCCGGCCCGGAGAAGGCGGCCCGUCACCGAGGCCGACGUGGCGAGGAAGCAGACGGGGCUGGAGGCCGCCGGCGACAUGCUCGCCGCCAAGCGCCACCAGCUCCAGCAGCUGGAGCGCAAGGUGUCGUCGGACCACCAGGCGGCGUCGGCGUCGGCGUCGGCGGCGGCGGCGGCGGCCAAGACGUCGGGCGGGCUCGUCGGCAAGAUGAUGGGCACCUUUCGCGGCGUCGGCGGCGGCGGCGGCGGGGCGGCGGGCGACGAGGCCGAGAUGCGCGCGCUGCGCGUCGACAUUGCCGGCCUGGAAACCGUCGAGGCCAGCCUGGCGUCGGACCUGGCCCUGCUGCAGAGCCACCGCGCGGCCGCCGCCCGGGCCUCCACCGCCCGGGGCCGCGCGACGCUGCUGCCGUCCCUCGCCUUCGCCGCCUACUGCGUGUACCGCGUGGCCGCCACGGCCCUCGCCUCGGUCCGCCGCGUCCGCUCGCCCUCGUCGUCGUCGUCGUCGUCGUCGUCGUCAUCAUCAUCAUCAUCACCAUCAUCACCGUCAUCAUCGGCGGCCAGCUUCGCCAACGCCGACCCCGUCAACCGCUUCCUGGGGCUCGUCGCCCGCCACUGGGACCCCGCGCUCGACCAGCUGGCCUGGGCCCGCACCAUCAGCUUCGCCCUCAGCGGCGUCAUCCUGCUCGCCAGCGCCAACAGCGUCGUGCAGACGCUGCACCUCUUCGCCCGCUGGACCCCGGGCCUGCUGCGCCACGCCCAGGCCGGCCUGGCCCUGGCCCUGGCCGUCGGCCAGAUCACCGCCGCCUACGUCAUCGCCGCCUCGCUCCUGCUGCGCAGCCAGCUGCCCGCGCGGGCGGGCGGCGCCGUCGCCGGCGUCCUGCAGGGCGCCCUGAGCCCCGAGUUUGUCGACCGCUGGUUCGAGACGUGGUUCCUGCUGGGGAGCCUGCUGACGGGCGUGGGCAUCUGGCUGGGGCGCAAGCUGUCGCGGGGGUGCGACGACGGCUGGGACGACUACGGCGCCGAGGAGAUGGGCGCGAAGCGGCUGUGA